UCUUCAACUAUCACGCGAUAGAAAUCUAUAUCGGAUAGUCUAAUUGUUAAAUAGACAACCUGCACCUUAUCUGUUAUUGGAAAUAGUCAUAUCACAAAGUUAAGAGGUUUACAUUAGGACAAUUACAAAUGGCAAAAAUCGCACAUGUAACAUCUCCAUCCUUUGUGUCAAUCUCAAAAUCAUCCUGAUGGCAACACAUAAGUUACACACGAUAGGAGAAAGGUUGUACGGCUAAGCUGCAAAACUAUAAUCCCCUUUACGUAAUUAACUAUAUUCUUUAUUCUCAGUACCUGUCUACUUGAUAGUGUACUGGCAUUGUAAAGAGAAACGACAUGUUUAUCAGACACUAUUGGGUAUCACUAGGACGGCCGAAACUGACGUGGAGAAGAUCAGUAGCAAAAGAAAUGAGAGAGGCUGGCUGGACCUAGAGCCAGAUUCAGAGAUAGGCAGCUGGAGGCAACAUUGGACCGUAUUGGUGACGGCUUCAUAUGUCAAUUAGGCACGAAAGGAGAUUAUGUAUUUCGGCAUGCAUGUAUGCAUUGGAUAUCAUUCACGGGUUACUGUGACGGUUGAAAAACGCAACCUGUAUCUUAUCUAUUGGAGUAUUAGUUAACACUUAACAUUAGUUAACAUUGGAAUAUUAGUUAGUUUAUUAGUUAGUAUUAUUAACACUGGAAGGGAGGAAAAAUAAAUGUAGAUAGUCUAACUGUAUACUACGACAAGGGUUUACCAAGCAGCGAUUGCCAAACAAAUUUUGAUGUUAUUUAUCAAACCACAAAGUCCCCAGAAAGAAGAUUUUCUGUGUUAUGACAGACAGACAGUAAGUGUCAGAGAAUAAAGGCCAACUGGCUAAGCAAGACAACCUCCUGAUUAGUUCUUCAUUUUCCGGUGGGGAGGAGGUGGGAUGGAGUGUGCUCGUGUUUCAUCAUAACUAGUCGGAUUCUUUUGCAAAAAUAGAUCUUUUUCCACGUCCUACUUCAGAUCAGACCUCAGUAAUCUGCUCCCUAUAUCACACCUCAGCCGGAAGCAUUAUAAUACCAGUAAUAGAUAAAUCUUGAACAGCAUUUUCUCAGUACCCAACAUUCAAAAUCUGCACCCUUUCAGCGUGGCACACCUGUUUAGUCUACAUAUUGGAACACAGAUAUACUGAUCCCCUCGGCCUCCCGCGUGCUGGGAGAUUUAGUCAAACACUGUGAAAAACAAACUUCUCUCGCUUUUUAUCCGCGGCUUCUGUAGAAAAUAUUGAUCCUUAAAUCAUCUGCAUUUAGCCUUUACGUGCGAUUUCCGCUUGAGCCAAUAUUUCUGAUUAUUCUUUUCGGUUAUGUGUACUUUGGUGAGUCUGGUGAAAAGCGGUUUCACAAUGCAUUGGUCAGUCAUGUUCAGCUUAAGUAAGUAUUUGCAAGCCACGUGGGAGGGAAAACCCCGCCAAUUAAUGAAGCGGCCGCGGUAUAAAUAGUGUUUGACCCAGGAACACACGUAUUGUUUAGUGUCAAUGACGUCACGCACCACUAAUGCAGCCUAAAAUACUGCGGUUGACAAAUGAUGUCAACUAGACGGAGCGCAUGAGGAAAAGGCAAGUUGAUGUGUUCUUUGAUAUUGUCCACCAGACGAUUAUCAGACGAUGAGAUAACUCAAGCCGCAUUUUUGGCCUGGAAUCAACUUUGCUAUAGCUCAGAGCUCCUUCUCAAGGAUUUCUGUCAUCAAGAAACUCUACGAUCAAGUGGAAGCGAAAUAGCCUUACACGAACGCCUCAGGUGGUUUACAAUUGACGUGUUUGCUCACGAGGGCUUCCAGAGCUCUUCCGCGAUGAACGGCUAUCGUCGACAAUCUUUUUGUGGUUUUGCGCCUUCUGUAGAGAGGCUGAAGGAUGAAAGAUACGGCCGCGUCAAGGCAAGGAAAUACUCCAAGGCCAGUAUUACGCAUAAAAUAAACUGGCCACCAAGCGAAAAAGACCUGGGUGUCUUGAGGAGAACUGUGUCUCUACCAGAUUGUCAAGAAAUGGCAAGGAUGCACUCGAAAAGGCCAACGCGCAGCAAGGAAGCGUUCUCGGAUCCCCCAGCAGGUGUCAAGAGAACCAGAAGCGUCUCGUUCGCUCCUGAAGUUGUAUUCUUCACUGCGGUGGCCGACAACGAUGUGGCAGAGUUAACGAGACUCAUGCAUAAAGAGGAAAUCGAUGUGAACCACCAGAGUCCGUCUGGACUCACAGCGUUGCAUUACGCAGCCGCUGAAGGAAGUUUCGAAUGCCUUCAACUUCUGCUCGAUUGCGGGGCUGAAGUGGAGCUACUGGACUCGCAAGGGUGCUCCGCGCUGGAUUUCGCGGUGCGUGGGGGGCAUUUCGACUGCGCAUCAUUCCUUAUCAAAGCUGGAGCCGAAAUCAAGAAGAUUGUAAAUGGUUUGUGAUGGCCGAAAGUGGAACAUUGAUUGCACCAUGUUGUAAUCAAAAGAAUGCUGUGUGUUAAUUGUUCACAACUUAAAACCCUAUCUCUCAUCGUAUUGGUAGAUCUAAAAAUAAACUUUAGCCCACAUGGCCAAUACAUACGUCUUGGAAUUUUAAAGGAUGGAUCAGACGAUUUUAAUGAAGUAUCCAACAGACCACAAGUCAAUUUUUAAUCUUCUUUUUUCGUUGCUCAUGCCUCACGGAUUUAUUUGUAUAGCUUAGUCUUGUGAUAUGCUUUUGUCUUGUAAAAGCCGCACUAAACAUUCCUGGCGUGGUUAAAUUAGCAUCUGGUUUGGUAAUGAGACUUAUUUGCACAGUAAAAAGGAUUUACACGAACUAAAAGACUUUCAAUGUGCAUUUAAUCAACCUCUGCUGUGAAAACCCGCCGGGGGAAUCGUUUAGCUCCUGCUUGGGUUGAUUCUACGCUUGAGCGCAGUUGGCUUCAAGCAGAAAGGUCAACCUUUAAUGGCUCACGUGCCUGUAAAGGAAUCACUAAAUAUUUGCGAUAUGUCAACUGCAAUAAAUAGCGUUGAACUUUACUAGAGAAGGUCACUUUUAAGCUUGUUUACACAAAGCUCGGCGCCGAAAUUAAAGACGGACGAAAGGAAAACAAACUACGGAUAGAUCUUUCUUAUGAAACAAGUCAUUGGUAUAGUUCCACCAAUCAACCCUUUGUUUUUGGUUCAGUUUCGCAGAGAAUAAACAGUGAAAAGCUUGUGUA